UACUUCAGAUUCGGUGCAUUCCAGUUCUUGCCUGCAUUUCUGACGACAGUGCUGCGUAAAGCAUCUCAGGUGUCUUGCAGGCCACUUCAUCACCUCAGCUGGAGUGUCCACCUUACUGAUCUUCCUCCCGUGGACAUGCCUGACCUGCUUCCAAACACUGAUGAAGACGAUUUGGAAUCUUUGGAUGAGAUCAACCCACAGGGCAUUAAGGAUGACACAACGGUGUCAGGUAUUACUAAGGAAAAUAGAGAACCCAGAACAGAGCAUGGCAAAAGCACCAAGGCAGUUAAUAAGACUGAUGCUGAGCUGUUGUAUGAGGCUGACUCUUUACAAGAAACUCAUGGGGAAGUUAUCGGCUUGAACACUAAAGAUUCCAUAAUGAAGUGGCAUGAACUUGGCCGAUCUGGACUAUCUGUCUCGGGAAUUUGGCUCGUUGGCGCUUCCUGGAACUCGGCUAGUAAUGAACUUGAGGAGCCAUGGUCUCAAGAACUAAUGGAACAGUUGCCUAUACUGAACAUGGUUCCUGUAGUUUGCCUGGACAAUGGUUCAUAUACAGCCAGGAGACCUACAUCCUUGUGUACUACCGCUCGCUCAUUCUCUCUCUCUCACCCACCAACUUCUGCAGUGGAGGACCCAUGUGAUGUAGACAACUUAAAACAAACUGAUUUUGCACGAGUUACUGACGUUGCACCAACACUUGCAACAACAUCACGUGAUGUUCCAGGAAUCUCGGAAGUACAUACUGCUAAUUUGUCAGAUGAUUUGCUAAAACAGAGUGAUCAUCUUUCUCUAGAUAGCUAUUAUGGAGAUGAAAUGACAGCAAGUAGCAGAAGUGAAAUGCCAUCCUCAACAAGGUCGAAAUACUAUGAUUGUCCUGUGUAUGAAGGAGGACCUGACAGCAGUCCCAGACCACCGGUUCUAGCUAUUUCUCUUCCAGCAGGCCCAAAAGGACCAAAUUACUGGGUACAAAGACGAGUAGCAAUGUACUUGAGCAAUCAUUAAAUAAACUAUCAAAAUAUAUUUAUGCAUAACAAAGACGAUCAUUUAAUAAAAGUAAACUUAAGUGAAACAUUUCCUUGUUUUGUAGGAAGACAUUUUGGUAUAAUAGAUGAUUCGUUGUAUAUAUUUCAUAGUGUAACCAAUAUGCCAGUAGGGAAUGAAGGUUUCACUGUGUAGGCCCUUCAAGAGAUGCUUUUUACAAGAAGUUAGACCAGUUCUCUCAAUUUUUAGAUCUAAUCUCAUUGCUUCUUUUUUUCUCAGUGCUUUAUGAGCAGAAUGUCAUACAGCACCUUGGGUCACUUUACUAAAUCGUGCUAAAGCAGCUCUGCACAAUGAAACUAGUGACAUAUAAUAUAGG